AUGAAUAACUUAGAUGGAAGUAAUAUAAAUAUAUCUGUUUUAUCAUCGAAUGAUGAAGUAAUAAAUACUUCAAAUACUGAUCAAAAUACUGAAAAUGAAAAUAAUAUUGAUCCAAAAGAUGGUUAUUCAUCACAUUAUACAUCGAUUUUUUAUCCAUUUGCAGGAAUGAUACGAGAUGUUAAAAUACGUUUACCUUAUUAUUUAUCUGAUUGGAAAUUAGCUAUAUCUUAUCGAAUAUUUGCUGCAACAAUUCGUAUCUUUUUUCUUAAUACAAUACCAGCAUUAGCUUAUGCUCUUGAUUUAUAUUUACGUAGUGAUCAUUAUUACGGUGUUAAUGAAGCUUUACUUUCAUCAGCACUUGGAGGUUUGAAAGAAUUUUAA